GUAUCUCUGAUGAGUACAUAACACCUAUGUUUAGUUUUUAUAAAAGCAUUGCAGAAUUGAAAAUGACUCAGGAAGAGUAUGCUCUGCUUACAGCAAUUGUUAUCCUCUCUCCAGUUUUGCACAAAGAUCCAAGACAGGUGUAUCUUUGUCUUCUUGAAAUUGGUCGAAUUGUGUCGAGAUAUGGGGUUGAGCCACCAGUAUUAGUAAAACUUGAGAAAGAAAUUGAACUAGAAGAGACCUUACUUAAUACUUCUGGGCCUGAAGAUUCCAUUAGCAUUCCGAAAUCGUGCUGUCAGCAUGAAGAGCUGCAUGAGGCUGUUAAACAUAUUGCUGAGGACCCUCCUUGUAGUUGUUCCCAUCGAUUCUCUAUUGAGUACUUAUCUGAAGGACGGUACCGACUUGGGGAUAAAAUACUCUUUAUAAGAAUGCUCCAUGGAAAACAUGUCAUGGUCCGUGUUGGUGGAGGCUGGGAUACUCUUCAAGGAUUUUUGCUUAAAUAUGAUCCCUGUCGAAUAUUACAGUUUGCUACAUUAGAACAAAAAAUUCUAGCCUUUCAAAAAGGAGUUUCCAAUGAAAGUGUACCUGACUCGUCCGCCAGAACACCUCAGCCUCCUGAAAUGAAUCCUUUGUCAGCUGUUAGCAAGUUUCAGAAACAAAAAUCAAAACCUGGCACGCCAGUUGGUAUUCCAAGGAGCAAAGAAAAGCAGGUACGUCCACCGGGUGCGUUGCCGCCUGCAUCUUCCCUGAAAGGAGGGAAUCUGGGCUCUGUGUUGGUCCGUUCCAAAUUGCCAAAUUCUCCGGCAGCGUCUUCUCAUCUUAAGCUCAAAUCUUCAAAAGGCAUCGCAAAGAAACCACAGGCUCCUUCAAACAAUGCAGUAGGUAAAAGCACUUCUUCACCCGCCUCAUCAAGAACCGCACCUUGUGAAUCUCAGUCAGUGAGAAAACGUAUCUCAUCACCCAGUACUCCUCAGGCCAAGCUUGUUACGUCCCAGAAGCCCAGAGAUGUGCCUGAGUCUGCACUUUUGCCAAAUAAGUCUUCUGGAAAAACUGAACCAAAGCAUUUGAAACACAUUCCUGUACCUUCCAGGGAUACUGCAGAGUCUCACUCCGCGGCACAUUCAAAUUCAUCAUCAAAGCGUCCAAAGCCGCCUAAGGCAAAUACACACGUAAGGCCUAAACCUUCCCCCUCUCUCCAUUCCCCUGCAAAAAUGACAAAAUCCAGUUCCAAAACUAUACCCACAAGUCUAGGAACACGAUCUCAUCCCUCUGAUGGAGCCCCCCAAGCCAGGGCAGUGCCAGCACAGAAACUUAAGUCAGCCUUAAAUGUAAACCAGCCACUCUCUGUAUCCUCAGUUGUACCCACAAAAGUUGCACAGGAAUCAAAAGAUAAGAAUAUGGGUUCAGUUGCCAAAAAGCAGCCCCAGAAUAAAAGUCCAUCCCAGAAGAUGGGACCCAGCUCCUCGAAGUCCCCUGGCCGUACCCCACUGUCCCUCGUGAGUCUUCCCCAGUCUUCUGUCAAGACACCACCUGUACCAAAGUCAGCACAGACUGCCACUAAGAGCCACUAUUCAGCUAAAGGGCCUCCAAAAAGUGGCAAAGCCCCGGCUUCAACCAGGAAACCACCCUCAUCUGGUAAGGAAGCAGUUAGUGGAGAUAAAAAACCUACCACAAAGAAAAAGGAAGACGAUGACCAUUAUUUUGUUAUGACUGGAAGUAAGAAACCUAGGAAAUAAAUACAAAUGUGUCGUUUUAAGAAAACGGGAAAGGAAGAGAGUGAAUGUGUUAGCAUCGCAUCUUGAAAGUUUCUCCUGUUUGUCCGAAUAGCUCAGACA